AAACAGUUUUUCAACAAUAAGUCUCUAUUAGUUGGGUAGGAUAAGUCAAUGUAUGUGCCAAUGAUGUUUUAGUGCAAUUGAUGCUAUUAGUAGCUACGAGGCACAUUACUACUAGGCUUUAAAUAUGUUAAGUUAAUAUAGUUGUACACAUCAAAAUUGAUCAAAAAUGUUAAAUAAAAAUAUAUAUUACAACUUUUUUUUUUAUGAAUUAAAAAAGUUCCCAAAUUAAAUUCAUACUAAUUUUAUUUUUCUAAAAUUUGUCAAUAAAUGUUAGCCAAAAUGUAUGUUCGUUAUCAAACACUAAAAAAUGCCUAAAAACUAAAAAUUCUCGAAAUAUACACUAAAAAAUUACAGUAAUUUGUAUUAAGUCAUGAAGCGUACAUAUAAUGAUCUCACUUGUGAUAUAUUAUACUAAAUAAUCGAACAACAAAAAUAUAAAAAUGCUUAUAAAUCAGGGUUAUCUUUUCUGCAUGAUUUGUGCAUAAUAGUUCCGGAAUUAAAAAAAAAGUAUUUAACUGAAUAAAAUGUAAGUAAAUAAAAUUCCGUGAUAUCUGAAUUUUAGGUAUUUUAAUGAUUCUUAACAACUAUGAAAGUAAUUUUUAUUUGUCCUAAUGGUCAAUACAAAUAUUUUAUAUGUUAUACCUAGCUUCAGAUCACAUAUUUUUAUCGACGUAGUAAGAAGUAAUGUAAUGGGGUGGGUUAAUGGUACUCGAUACAUUCUUCGAAAAAUUUAAUAAAACCUAAAACUAUCGAUAAGUGUCCAAGAAAUUAACUAAAUACGCCGUUAAUUAACGCGUUAUUAUUGUAUGCUCAUUUGUGUAGGUAUAGGGUACCUAUGUAAUUAGUUAUCUGAUGGCUGAUACUAUCAGUGUUCAAAAUGAAACUGCGUCAGUAGUAACAACUAAUAACACUUCAGUAGUCGGUGCGGUGCCAUAUAGAACAAAAGUAAAAUGUGUUAUGUAUGAAGGACAAUAUAUCAUCCGAGUUACCAAUUAAAAUCGAAGACAGCGGUUUAGAUAAACGUCACAAAUUCGUUCAGAAUCGUCUUAAAGUUUAUUAUGUAGCGAUUUAAGGGGACGUAACACAGGCGCGGAUCCAAGGAGGGGGCCAAGGGGCCAUGGCCCCCCCCGUAGACUGGUGGAUUUUCUAUUAUAUCUAUUUUCGGCAGCCGAUAAAAUGUAUUGUUUUGCCGAUAGCGUUUCGGCCGUUUCCGUUUUCAUCGUUCGCCGUCAAAAAGCUAAUCUAAUCUAAUCGAAUAUUUAAACUUGUUUGAUGCAAUAAAAUGUCUGGCUGUAUGUAGUACCUAUCUAUUUUAUUAUUGACGAUAUUUAUUGUGUAAUGAUAAUUUGUUAGUUGACAUAUAGUUACGAUACAAUACGCACACAGCCGCUGUAACUGUCGAUAAUCAACAUCAAACGUGUCACGUGUAUAGUUGUAUUAUUAUUUUAUUAAAAUGUCAAAGCGUAGUGCCGAUUUUAUGCAAAAUUUUCUUAAAAAAAAAAAAUGUGUCAUUAAAGACAAUGAAAUGGUAGACGACCCAGCUCCCAUUUCGUCAAAUCAACCUAUGAAAAAUGUAGACAUUGAUCCAACAUCAAAUCAAAACAAAGGUACUGUAGAAAAUAUAAUUAUAGAUAUUGGUAUUGCAUUAAGUUCAAAAUCAACAAUUGAUGAUUUUACUAAAAAACAGUUACUUGAAAAUCAUUGGAAACCACCAAUAGGUUACAAUUUUCCUUAUUCAAGUCACACAAAAAAUGGAAUUCUUCGUAAACGAUUUUUGAAACAAGAACAUAUAAAUAAAUAUUUUUGGCUUGUUUUUUCGCCUUCAGAAAGUGGAUUAUUUUGUAUUUAUUGUUCUAUUUUUCAUAAUAAAACUGGUCAUGGAUUUAAUAACCAUACUCAAUUAAAGUCAUUAGUAGUUGAGCCUUUAAAGAAAUUCGCUAAGUUAUUAGGAAAGGAUGGUUACCUUGAAACGCAUGAUAAUAAUUUGUACCAUAAAAAUUCUGUACUGAACGGAAAACAAUUUUUAAAAUCGUAUAAUAAUCCAGAGCUAGAAGUAGUAAACCAAAUAAAUUCACAGCGCCUAAAACAAGUUAAUGAAAAUAGAUCUAGACUAAAACCUAUAGUUGAAAGUUUGAUUUUUCUCGGGCGGCAAAAUAUUGCUUUACGUGGUCAUCGCGAUGAUGGAAGCGUUAAUGAUCUAUCUGAUAACCCAUUAGAGAACGAAGGAAAUUUUAGAGAGCUUUUAAAGUUUAAGAUAUUAUCUGGAGAUAUCGCAUUGGAAAAUCAUUUAAAAAAUGCUGAAGCAACAGCUACUUAUAUAAGUAAAACGACUCAAAAUACUCUUAUUUCGAUAAUUGGAAAUAUAAUUUUAAAAAAUGUAUUGAACAAAGUAAAUAAAGCAAAAUAUUUUAGCGUAAUUUUCGAUGAAACAACUGAUAUAUCUAAAACUUCACAACUGGUUAUAGUUUUACGAUACGUGUACGACAAAACUAUAAAUGAAGACUUUAUUAGAUUUAUAGACUGUCAUAAAAAUAACUACGAUCAAUCUAGUGUCAAUACUGAACCAAAAAUGACCGGAGAAAUAAUAGGAAAAACUGUAAUACAUAUUUUAGAAAAUUUAGCUUUACCUAUGAAUAAUUGUGUAGGAAUAACUACAGAUGGGUGUUCUGUGAUGCAAUCUGAAAAAUGCGGUGCAAUUAAAUUAUUACAAUCUCAAAUGAAAUUUGCUGUAAAAUGUUCAUGUUUUAGUCAUGCUCUAAAUUUAUCAAUAAUGAAAGGUUGUAAACAAACAUUUGUUAGAAAUGCAUUUGGAAUUAUUAAAGAAGUAGUAAGUUUUUUCAAUACUUCAGCUAAAAAAAAUUUUGUUUUAAAAAAUAUUUUAAAUACUUCAUUAAAGUCUUUAUGUGAAACUAGGUGGGUCGAAAAACAUGAUUCCAUUAUGCAGUUUUCUUCGAAUUUGGUUUUAAUUAUUGAAGCAUUAGAUAAAAUAUCUGAAUGGAACGAUCUUGAAACGUCCUCAAAAGCGUCUAUUCUAAUAAAAUCAUUGUCAAGUGCGGAAUUUAUUUUAACAUUAAAUCUUAUGUCCGAUAUGUUUUCAAUAACUGCACCAAUAAGUAGAAUUUUGCAAUCAAAAAGUCAAGAUAAAUUUUCGGCUUCUACAUUAAUAAAUAAUGUACUUAGUGUUUUAAAAGAAAAACGGAAAAACAGCGUUGAAAAUUUUAAUUUAAUUUUUAAUAAUAGUAAACAAUGCUUGGAAAAAAUAGGAAUUUUCGACGAUAUUAAAAUCCCAAGAAUAACAAAACAAAUGACUAAAAGAGCUAAUCCACCAACUAAAAAUCCAGAAGAUUAUUUUCGUAUCGUUUUGUUUAUUCCAUUUUUAGAUGACUUAAUUACCGACCUUGAGUACAGAUUCGAUAAAAAAUCAGUGUCAGUGUUUGAUUUAGAUAUAAUUUUGCCAACGUUUAUUCAUAAUAAAGACGUUUUUAAUAACCAAAAAGAAAUCCAAAAUAAAAUUAACAAUAUGAUGGCACAAUUUUGUGAAUUAAUAUCUAUUAAUUUGAACUUAUCGGAAGACCUCGUAAAAAAAUAUUUCGAAGGAGAGCUUCAAUUGUGGCAUACAUAUUGGACAAAUGAAAAAGAAAUUCCAAAAACAUCAUUAGAAGCUUUUGAAAGAUGUGAUUCCGAAACCUUUCCAAUUAUUUAUAAUUGUUUUCUCAUACUCCUGACAUUACCAGCCACUUCAGCAACUGCGGAACGAAAUUUUUCUUCUCUUCGCCGACUAAAAACUUGGAUGCGAUCAAGAAUAUCCGAAGAACGCUUAAAUGGACUUGCAUUACUUAACUGUUAUAGAAAUAUUAGUAUUGACUGUGAAGAAGUAAUUGACGAAUUUGCCAAAUCUAAAAGACGAAUGGAUUUUGUUCUGUGAUCAUUUUUUAAUAUUUAUUAUAUUUUAUUAUUAAUUAUUAUUUAUUAUAUAUUACGUGUCAUUAUUAAUUAAACAAUUUAUAUUACUUAUCUAAUUAUUUAAAAGACGAAAGGAUUUUGUUCAGUGAUCAUUUAUUAUUAAUUAUCUAAUAAUUUUAUAUAUUUUAUUGUACUGAUAAACUGGUAUUUAAAUAAUAAUAUUUAUCUAUUAGCUUACAUGGUAUGUACAAUGUUUUUAUAAUACUUAGGCCGAAAUUGUAUUUAAGAUGGCCCCCCCCCGUAAAUAUGUUUUAGAUCCGCGCCUGACGUAACACUAGCAUUUAUUCUCUCCGUCUUACAACUUUACAAGUGUGUAACAUAGCAAAUUUACGCUCUGCAGAUCAUGUGUAGCUUCGUCAGUUUAAAAAUUCGAGUGAAUCAACCUAUUGUGAAACUUGAUGGUAAGAACGUUGUCUGUAUUUGUAUACACAUAACACAUAUAUGUUGGUUUUUUACGAUGGUUCAAUUUUUUAGCAAGUUAUGCGUAUAUAAUAUAGCAUAAAUUCAAAAUGUUCAUAACUCACAUAAAAACUAUCGUCGGCCAAACUAUCUCCAACUAUCUAACCAAUAUACAAAUACAGACAAUGACCUUACCAUCAAAUUUCGUAAUAGGUCGACUCACUUUGAUUUUUAAACUAACGAAGCUACACGUGAUCUGCUAAGCGAUCUCUAACGAAUCUUUAGAUUCUGAGCGGAUCAAUGGAUGUAUUGAUUUUAAAAUGAUGCUUUUUUUUGUGUCUGAGUACACGAUAAGUAGUCGAAAUAAUGCUUCGAUUUUCAACUUCAGUAUCUUUUCCGGCGGGAAGUGAUAUUCCAAGAAAUUUUCAAAAACGCCGGGAAGAACCGGACGUUCAAAAUUUGAAAAAAAAAAAGGUAAUUUAUUUUAGU